AUGGCUCCCAAAUCAAAGGUACGCGCCUUCAAUCGCGCUCCCAAGUCCAAAAUUCCGUCUGCACCGUCAUCCGCUUCCUCCAAACUCCCAAAGCCUUUUGCACCCGCGCCGAAAUCUCUCGAACCCCUUCUUGCAACUCUGCCCAAAGGUCAUGUCUACAUCACAUCAAUCGAUUCGCACCCCGCGGAUUUCAAGAAGAAAAUAUUCUUGGUGCCCGUUUUUAUGAACAUCCUCCUCUUGCUUGCUAUGUUCUACCGAAUACGUAGCAUUGGUCCGUAUUAUAUGAAAAUAUGCCACUCUCUGAUGGGAAAGAAAAAUGAGUUGACGAUGAAUACGCGAAAGAUGACCAGGGAGGCGAUUGGAAUGGAGAUUCUGAGAAGGACGGCUAGCUUCAUGGUCGACUUCGUAAUCUACGUCUUUGUGUGGCCCUGGCCAAAAGCCUUCUUUAUAGGACAAGCCAUUGGCAAUCCUGUGAAUUGGCGAUUGAAACUUGGAUUCAAGGAACGUGAGAUCAUUGUCCGGAGAAGUAGGAGAUGGUUUGUACAAAGCAAGAGUCUAUUGGAGGAGGGCAGCAAAGAACAGGGGCUUUUAUUCAAUAAUGUCGGAAGGGCUACAGAUCCUAUGUGGAUGAGUGAAAAGACGGGAUAUUUGAUGUUGAACAAGGAGUGGGAUUUGGAUUGGAAGUCCAUGGUGACAGCAGCGAAGCUUGUAGAGAAAGGAGAUAUGAAGUUGGAUGAUUAUAAAACCACCAUACUCCUUCACGACGAUGACUUCGGUUGGGUGGUUAUCGAGACUGCCGAAGCCGGCGGGAGUCUCAAAGAAGAAGAGGGCAGAAGAAAAAUCGUGGCAUUCAAGGAUGAAUUGACAGUCAUGGGAAAGGAAAGUCUAUUCUUUCGAUGGAUCGAGCUUGUCCAGUACGAGUCUUCGCAGCCUGGGGGGUUCGGCCCAGAACAGCAGAAGAAGACAAUGGAGAAAGCGAGGCAACUGUUCGAGAAUGAAGGAAUCGAUUUCGACAAGUUUUGGGAGAAGGUUGGAGGGAUGAAAGGGAUGCCGGGUAUGGACGAGAUGUGA